UCACCCACCACUGGGUUAUCUCUUGCCUGCUUCACACUGCCAAAAAGACUCCUGCGUGGCUGGCUACUUCUUAACCCCAUUUGUUCUUGAUCUACCCCACAUCAAACCUUUCUUUCUCCGUUGGUAUCGAUCCUUCAAACCAUGGCUACAACCGGUAUCGUUGCACCUGCUUCAAUUUCUGUUCGAACUAGUCUUAAGGGACAUGACGGUUGGUCUGGAAAUUCUUGCUUGUAUGGUAAAACACCUACUUUGACUCAUCAAAGGAAGUCUAACCAACAAAGAACUCAGCGGAAGUUGGCAAUUUCUGCACAAUACAAUGAUCGUAGUGGUGGAGGCAGUGGUGAUUUUGUUGCUGGUUUCUUUUUGGGGGGUGCAUUAUGUGGGACGCUGGCAUACAUAUUUGCCCCACAGAUAAGACGAUCUCUCUUGAAUGAAGAUGAAUACGGAUUUAGGAGAGCAAAGCGACCAAUAUACUAUGAUGAAGGUUUAGAGAAAACCAGACAGACUUUGAAUGCCAAAAUAAGUCAGCUUAAUUCUGCGAUCGACAAUGUGUCCUCACGGUUACGGGGUGGAAAUAACAUGCCUCAGGUGCCAGUCGAAACCGAUCCAGAAGAAGCCACCAUGUGAGAAGAUUGGUAUGAUUUCAAAUUGGUGAAGAAGAACAAGGAUGUUUUGAUAUUUUGGAAACUAUGGUUUACUUUUAUCCAUAUGACAUAAAAAGAAUCUUGUGUACUUGAUGAUCACAUCUGUUCUUCCAUGAAAUGCCUUUCUUUUCUCUUUUUAAUCCAA